GCUGAGCCCGCCCGAACACGAGCUGACCUGCCCGGGCUGCAGCACCUGUAAAGAAGCUGCUGCAGGAUGAAAAGAUGGCAGCGCGGCUGCUCGCACCACCAGGCCCCGAGAGUUUUAAACCCUUCACUCCGGAGUCCCUGGCCAACAUCGAGAAACACAUCGCAGAGCUGAAGAAAAAACAACGUUCCAAGCAGGACAGCAGCCACAGGGACGACGAUGAAGACAGCAAACCAAAACCAAACAGUGACCUUGAGGCGGGCAAGAAUCUGCCUUUCAUCUACGGGGACAUCCCUAAAGGGCUGGUUGCUGUGCCACUGGAGGACUUUGACCCUUAUUAUAUGACCCAGAAAACCUUUGUAGUCCUAAACAGAGGGAAAACUCUCUUCCGAUUUAGUGCCACACCUGCCUUGUACAUUUUAAGUCCUUUUAAUCUCUUUAGAAGAAUAGCUAUUAAAAUUUUGAUACAUUCAGUGUUCAGCAUGAUCAUCAUGUGCACGAUUUUAACCAACUGUGUGUUCAUGACCUUCAGCAACCCCCCAGAAUGGUCCAAGAACGUGGAGUACACCUUCACUGGCAUUUACACCUUUGAGUCUCUGGUGAAAAUCAUCGCCAGGGGCUUCUGCAUCGACGGCUUCACCUUCCUGAGGGACCCCUGGAACUGGCUGGACUUCAGUGUCAUCAUGAUGGCAUAUGUCACAGAGUUUGUGGACCUUGGGAAUGUCUCAGCAUUGAGAACUUUCAGAGUUCUCCGAGCUUUGAAAACUAUCUCUGUAAUUCCAGGCUUGAAGACCAUCGUGGGUGCCCUCAUCCAGUCUGUGAAGAAGCUGUCAGACGUGAUGAUCCUGACAGUUUUCUGCCUCAGUGUCUUUGCCCUCAUUGGGCUCCAGCUGUUCAUGGGCAAUUUGAGGAACAAAUGUGUGAUUUGGCCAAUUAAUGUCAACGAGACUUUCCUGGACAAUGGCUCCAGGGGCUUUGACUGGGAGGAAUACACCAACAAUAUGUCAAAUUUUUACAUCAUUCCUGGUGCCCCUGACCCUUUGCUGUGUGGUAACAGCUCAGAUGCAGGCCAAUGUCCAGAGGGAUACACGUGCAUGAAGGCAGGAAGGAACCCCAACUAUGGCUACACGAGCUUUGACACCUUCAGCUGGGCUUUCCUGGCUUUAUUUCGCCUUAUGACUCAGGACUUCUGGGAAAACUUGUAUCAAUUAACUUUACGAGCAGCAGGAAAAACUUACAUGAUCUUCUUUGUGCUGGUGAUCUUUGUGGGCUCCUUCUACCUGGUGAACCUGAUCCUGGCUGUGGUGGCCAUGGCCUACGAGGAGCAGAACCAGGCAACCCUGGAGGAGGCAGAGCAGAAAGAGGCAGAAUUCAAAGCCAUGUUGGAACAAUUGAAAAAGCAACAGGAAGAAGCACAGGCUGCUGCCAUGGUCACCUCGGCAGGGACGGUGUCUGAAGAUGCUGUGGAGGAUGAUGGUGGGGGGAGGAUGUCCAGGAGCUCCUCAGAGAUUUCCAAACUCAGCUCCAAGAGCGCCAAGGAGCGUCGGAACAGGAGGAAAAAGAGGAAGGACAAGGAGCUGUCGGAGGGGGAUGAGAAGUGUGACAAUGAGAAGGUGUUCAAGUCAGAAUCUGAGGAUGGCAUGAGGAGGAAAGCAUUCAGGCUGCCAGAUAACAGGCUGGGGAGGAAAUUCUCCAUCAUGAACCAGUCUCUCCUCAGCAUCCCGGGCUCCCCGUUCCUGUCCCGCCACAACAGCAAGAGCAGCAUCUUCAGCUACAAGGGCCGCUUCCGCGAGCCCGUGUCCGAGAACGAGUUCGCCGACGACGAGCACAGCACGGUGGAGGAGAGCGAGGGCCGCAGGGACUCGCUCUUCAUCCCCAUCCGGGGCCGCGACCGGCGCAGCAGCUACAGCGGCUACAGCGGCUACAGCCAGGGCAGCCGCUCGUCGCGCAUCUUCCCCGCGCUGCGCCGCAGCCUCAAGAGGAACAGCACCGUGGAUUGCAACGGCGUCGUGUCCCUCAUCGGGGGACCCCCGUCCAGCAUGCCCGGGGGCCGCAUCCUGCCCGAGGGCACCACAGAAAUUGAAAUCAGGAAGAAGCCUGGUGGGUCUCUGCUGGUCUCCAUGGAUCAGGUGAAUGCAUCCUAUGGGAGGAAGGACAGGACCAACAGUGUCAUGACUGGGCUCACCAACACCCUUGUUGAGGAGCUGGAGGAAUCCCAGAGGAAAUGCCCCCCUUGCUGGUACAAAUUUGCCAACACGUUCCUGAUCUGGGAGUGCCACCCGUACUGGAUGAAGCUGAAGGAGAUUGUGAACCUGAUUGUCAUGGAUCCCUUUGUUGACCUGGCCAUCACCAUCUGCAUCGUGCUGAACACUUUGUUCAUGGCCAUGGAGCAUCACCCCAUGACCCCCGAGUUCGAGCACGUUCUGUCCGUGGGGAAUCUGGUUUUCACAGGGAUUUUCACGGCGGAAAUGUUCCUGAAGCUCAUUGCCAUGGAUCCAUAUUAUUAUUUUCAAGAAGGCUGGAACAUCUUUGAUGGGUUCAUUGUCUCCCUCAGUUUGAUGGAGCUGAGUCUGGCAGAUGUGGAAGGGCUUUCUGUGCUGAGAUCCUUCCGCUUGCUGAGAGUGUUCAAACUGGCCAAGUCGUGGCCCACCCUGAACAUGCUGAUAAAAAUCAUCGGCAACUCGGUGGGAGCCCUGGGCAACCUGACGCUGGUUCUGGCCAUCAUCGUGUUCAUCUUUGCCGUGGUGGGGAUGCAGCUCUUCGGCAAGAGCUACAAGGAGUGCGUGUGCAAGAUCAACCCCGAGUGCGAGCUGCCCCGCUGGCACAUGCACGACUUCUUCCACUCCUUCCUCAUCGUGUUCCGCGUGCUGUGCGGGGAGUGGAUCGAGACCAUGUGGGACUGCAUGGAGGUGGCCGGCCAGGCCAUGUGCCUCAUCGUCUUCAUGAUGGUCAUGGUCAUCGGCAACCUCGUGUUAUUGAUCAGAUUGGGGUUUGUGUUGCAGAAACUGGAUGAGAGCAGCUCCUCUGAGGGCAGCACCAUUGAUAUCAAGCCUGAAGUGGAGGAAGUCCCUGUGGAAGCCCCCGAGGAAUACCUGGACCCUGAUGCCUGCUUCACAGAAGGUGACAGGGCAGGGAGGGAGGGGGUUUGGGAUAUUCUGGGCUGAGCUCUGAGCUCUGAGCUCAGCUCAG